AUGACUCUGGAUGAAAUAAUAAAAGCGACAAAUUCGGACAGUACAUUAAAAGGUCUCCGUGCAGCUAUACGACUCAAACGAUGGGACUCACCUGUAGUACAAUCCUUUAAAUCGAUAAAGGAUGAAUUGACUGUCACGUCCCAUGGAGUGAUUCUUAGAGGAACCAGAAUUGUAAUUCCAAAAUCUUUACAACAAAGGGCGAUAGACAUAGCUCACGAAGCACACCUUGGAGUUGAAAAGACCAAAAGUCUUGUUAGAGAAAAGAUAUGGUUUUCCCAGAUGGACACCAUGGUGAAAAACACAAUAGAACGAUGUGUUGCAUGUCAAGCAGUUGGGCGAGCGAAUGCACCUGAGCCAAUAGCAACAACAAAUAUGCCAAAACACCCCUGGAGAGUUUUACAUGUCGACUUCUAUGGCCCUCUGCCAUCGAAUGACUACCUACUGGUGGUGAUUGACCGGUACUCAAGAUUUCCAGACGUGGAAAUCGUCCGUUCUACAAAAGCUUCAGUAGUGAUACCGAAGCUUGAUAAAAUAUUUGCUGUGCACGGCAUCCCAGAAGUCUUAAAGUCAGACAAUGGCUCGCCGUUUAAUGGAGAUGAGUAUAAGCAGUACUUAAAGUCACUGGGAAUCAAACCCGAGUUUUCUACUCCGUUAUGGCCUCAAGGUAACGCCCAAGUUGAGAGAUUUAUGCAACCCCUUGGAAAAGCACUCAAAACAGCCAAAAUCGAAAUUCGCCCAUGGAAGCAAGAGCUCAGUAGAUUCUUGCUACAGUAUAGGACGACACCACAAAGUACUACCAGUGUUUCUCCGGCUGAACUACUCUUCAAUCCGACGGUACAAGGCAAGUUACCCAUUCUUCACAGGAAGAACAUUGUGAACCGACAUAAGGAAGCUCGUGAAAAUGAAAACAAGCGACAAUAG